GGAUCCGUCAACGGCAAGAUGUCGUCUGUGUCCUCAAGUACUGAGAGUACGGGCGAUGAGAUGUGGGACGUGGAAAGUUCCGGCGAUCCCUACAAAAUCACCAUCCACUUCAUCGUGGACCCCGGCGAGAACACGCGCACGCGCAGGACCUUACAACCCCUCCUGGACUGGUUCGACGCCGACCUGCAGUUAUUCUGCAUCGCCGAAAGGGGGCGCAAGAAACGCAGGGGGUCAUCGGCCCUCCAAAAUGGCGUCAACGGCCACAACAACCACGAUACGCCAAACUACCCCUCCCUAGCCAUUAUGUUGUUCUACCACGAAGAACUAGCAAGGGAUAAGAUUUCACAAGUGCACGAGUGUUUCAAGAAGCCUCCAUGGAGGUUCCACCACAAGGCCAUGCCUUCUGGAAACGUCGUUCCUUACCCUCCAAACAACCAAGACUUCUUCACCUUCGCGGAGGACAUGCCCCUGUGGGCCGCGCGCCAGGUGCAUUAUGGGACCGAACACGUUCGAUUCGUGCUGUUCUGUUCGCGCGGGAACUGGGAGGACAUGAUCAGCUUCUACAAGAUGAUCCUCCGCAAGGACAUGGACGUGAGGAAGACGGAUUUCUGCUGCUUCGUGGUGUAUUCCCAGCCAGGAUUGGACGUACAGUUCGCGCUGAAAAUGCUGCCGGACAACACAAAGCCCAAGCACGUCGAAUCCGCCAUCAUGCAGUUUCGGGUCAAGGAGAUCGGGCAGCUGGUGCCCCUGCUGCCCAACGUGUGCAGCCCCAUCAGUGACGUCAGGUGGCAGACCACGGACUACGAAGGCAACAAAAUCCUUCUAGAAGUGCCGAGAAGGAAAGUACACGGAGUACCGAGUCCUUACUAUGGCAGCCCGUACACUAGCGCUAGCUCAAACGGAACCCCCUCUCAGAGCCCCUGCGCUUCCCCCGCCGCCAGCCUGCAAGGUAUACCGCUAUCCCCCUUCACAUCCCCGCUGUCCAGCUCCCACACAACCCCCAACUCGACCCCCCGUUCCUCAAGCGGGAGCAUCAAAGUCCCCAGAAUAUCGGUCCUAAAGACGACGACACAAGUCCAGAGACCACCGCCGCAGAAGCCGGUACCGGCCCCCAGACCCUCCAUCGUACCUCGCACCCUGAAACUCUCUUCUCACGGCUCUGACGUCAUCUCUGACGUCACGGACUUGACGUCAGACAGAACUGACUACGAGAGCUCCGUCCAAUCAGAGGCGGACGUGGAGUCGAGUAGAGACAGCGAGGUCCAUGAAGAAGACAGCCAUAGCGUUAUGAGUUUCUUUGUAUAGCUAGGCGCUUGGUGUUAGAAUGGAGAAAAUACCUCCGUCCCUGAGGCGUUGCCAAAAAAGUGAAACAUGGAAGAGACCGCGAAUAGUUUCAUCAGGUUGAUGGAUCAGAAGAUGUUGGAGUUUAAUUGCACACAACCAAAUUCUUCUAAUAUUAUACUACCAUACAACAUUUCCAAAAGUCUGAGGAAAGUAUCAGACAGACUUACGAAACGUUAUCAACUGAGCGAAGUUCAACAUAGUUGAGUGCAAGGAAGCUCCAUAUCUUAUAUAUUAUAGUGAAAAUAUCCGUCGAAUAUGGAAAUGGAAAGACAUGGUUAGAGAAAUUCUACCAGUUCUCCUCCCUUUGGAAAGUGUGAAUAUUUUCAAAAGACCCAUCAAACCUAGAAGACUUGACCCAAUAUGAUCAGACUUGUGACUAUAAUUGAAUGAAAUACCUCGUUUUAUCCAAGUCUUUGGCUAUAUAUAUUUGGUAUUCACCAGAAUAUACUAGUAACGUGUAUGGUGGCUCUGGUUUCACGUGGUUCCACUCAAUGUAGAACUCUUUAGUAUGUGGAUAGUUGUUGCUUGCAGUACACAAUCAUUCCAGUAGAUGUCGCUCUUCGCUGUGUUCAGAAAAAUGUGUUUUUA